AUGUUCGGCGGCGACAAGAGCAACCCUAUGCGGGGCCUGAUCCAGGCCUCGCUGGCCCCCCCGGCUGCGGCCACUGCCAGCAAGAAGACCUCGGCUGCUGCCGCGGGCAAGGAGGACGAAAACAAGACGCUGCGCUUCUUCGCCGACCUCGCCGCCGGCGGCGUUUCGGGCGGUAUCUCGAAGACGGUCGUGGCUCCCAUUGAGCGCGUCAAGCUGCUCCUGCAGACCCAGGAUGCCAACCCGCGCAUCAAGUCGGGCGAGAUCCCUAGGUACACGGGCGUGGUGAACUGCUUCACGCGCGUGGCGAAGGAGCAGGGCGUGUCGUCCUUCUGGCGCGGCAACACGGCCAACAUCAUCCGGUACUUCCCGACCCAGGCGUUCAACUUCGCCUUCAAGGACACGUUCAAGGCCAUGUUCCCCAAGUACGACCCCAAGACGGAGUUCUGGAAGUUCUUCGGCGCCAACAUGGCCUCGGGCGGUGCCGCGGGCGCCUCGUCGCUGCUCCUCGUGUACCCGCUCGACUUCGCCCGUACCCGCCUGGGCUCGGACGUCGGCGUGGGCAAGGGCCGCGAGUUCAACGGCCUGUUCGACUGCAUCGCCAAGACGGCCAAGCAGGGUGGCCCCCUGGCGCUGUACAAGGGCUUUGGCGUGUCGGUGCAGGGCAUCAUCGUGUACCGCGGCGCGUACUUCGGCCUGUACGACACCGCGAAGGGCGCGCUCCUGGGCAAGAACGAGAAGGACGCGUCCAUCCUGGCCAAGUGGGCCAUCGCGCAGACGGUGACGGCGGCGGCGGGCGUGCUGUCGUACCCCUUCGACACCGUGCGGAGGCGCCUCAUGAUGCAGGUCGGCGCCAAGGAGCAGCUGUACUCGUCCACGCUCGACUGCUGGGCCAAGAUCGCGCAGAACGAGGGCGCCGGCGCGUUCUUCAAGGGCGCGUGGUCGAACGUGCUGCGUGGCGCGGGCGGCGCGCUCGUGCUCGUCAUGUACGACGAGUUCAAGAAGGCCAUCGACAAGGCCCUCGCGCCCCCCGCCGACGCGUAA